AUGGAGCACAACGACGCGUUGACCAGGGAGGCCGAGCAGAAUUUGAAAAAUCGACAAAGCUUCCAUAAAUAUGGUAGUGACGCUGAUGGGAAUAUCCGAGGUUUGAAGCCGGCUGAAGAUCACAAUGCUCAUGAGCAACACGGCAACAUCAAAAUGCAGCACCAGGGCUCGAUGAGUGGGAUGAGAAAUCAGGCAGCGAUUCCGGGGGAUGGCCAGCAAAUGAUGGGCUCGGAUCUGUUAAGUAACCGCGAAAUCUCCCAUCAAGAAAAAGGACGUGGCUCUGAUGAGAAUGCUGGUGAACGACCUUCCAAUCCGACCUUUUUCACUCGUGAC